AUGGCCUGGCGGCGUCGUCUAGACCGUCUCCUGCGCCGGCGGCCGAAGGCGGCGCCCGGAGAAGACCGGAUCAGCGCCCUCCCCGACGACCUCCUCCUCCUCGUCCUGCGCCGCCUCGACACCCGCGCGGCGCUCGGCACCGGGGUGCUCUCCAGGCGCUGGGCCGGCCUCCCUCGCGAGCUCCCCGCCCUCGAUCUCAGGGUCAGCGACGUGCUCCCGCCGCGCUACCAACGGUGGCUCCUCCGCCACCGCGACAUCUACAGCAAGGGGACCUUCGUCUUGUACAGGCGCCGCCUCGCGCAGCACGAGUUCAUGCCCAACAUGACACGGUACGAGCGCCGCGCCAUGCGCGCCUUCACCAGAUCCGUCGAAGGCCUCUUGGCCGCCGGAGUUCGCCGGAGGAUCAGCAGGCUGAGGCUCGAGUUCUUCACCACCCGCAACACCGGCUGCAUCGACCGGUUGAUCUCUCAUGCCAUGGAUGAUUGGGGCGUCGACGACCUCGAGGUCAUCGCCAGGCCAACCUUCUACCAGCAGACCGUGCACACCUUCCCUAGCCAUGGCCUCUGCGAUGAGCCUGGCGCGUCACGCCUGCGAAGCCUCAAGCUUGGGUGCUGUGUGAUCCCUCGACGGCUGCACAGGUACGGCGCGCUCACUAAGCUCGUCCUGCAAGACGUAGCUGAGUCGCCGCCAUCUGCUUACGAAAAUGUCUUGUACUCGUGCCCCCAGCUGCAGGUGGUGCACCUCAACUCCUGUCACUGCGACCGGGAGGCGGUCAUGCUUUUGGAUGCCCCCGAGUCGCAGAUCAGGGAGCUCGUCGUGGACAAUUGUGUGAUCGGAACGGUAUGGCUGAGGGAUCUUCCCAACCUGGAGCAGCUGGCCUCCAUGGGCACAAGACUCUGCAUCGAGUCCGACGACUCAGUUCCAAGCCUCAGGCAAUGGCACCUCACCCGCCGCCACGGCAUCGAAGUGGAAGGGUUUCGCCAGUUGUUCCGGCGGCACCUGGAGCUUAACCCAUUUGUUGAGCACACCCGGGACAUUACCGACCUGAUCAUCCGGUUCACCGGCCCCGACAGAUGGAUCGUGCCGUCUAGCUCGCCGUCGUCGCUGCUACCUAACCUGAGGCGGCUGCUCGUUGCCGACGUGCCUUCGUCCUGGGACGUCUCCUGGCCCCGUGCUCUCCUCGAGAUGGCGCCUGCCCUCGAGACCUUUCACAUUCACAUUGCCUCUAUCCCGGAGGAGCCCAACAACGAGGAAAUAAUAUCCUGGCACCCGACUAAGCUUCGGCAGCAUCGCUUGAAGGAGUUUGUGAUGGCUGGUUUCCAGGGAGCCGAGAGGCAGAUCUACCUUGUCAAGUUUGUCAUGGAAGUAUGCACAGCGUUGCGCCGCGUUGCCAUGUUCAGGAAUGGCCAUGCUCAGGACAAGGGGCACUGGGACUGGGAGAUGGUGACACAGCAGCACUCAUGGACCCAGGAGGAGAAGGACGCCACGCUCAACCAGAUUAUGGGCGCGGUAUCUUCCGCAGCCGCAGCUCCAGUUCAAGUGGUUUUAGGCUGA